AUGGAAGGAGAAGGAGGCCCGACCUCCUCAUCCAGCUCCCAGGGCCGCCAAGGGCUCUGCGCCCCGGCAACAGGCAGGCCUGGCGGGGCCAAAGUUCUUGUGAGGCGCGGCAGCGCACGGAGCCAGGCCGAGCUCCACGGCCACGGCCCCGGCGAACCGGCGGGAGCAGAAGGACAGAGGCGGAGGGGCCAUUUCAGCCUCUUACCGGGGUCCGGCCUCCGGGGCUCGCUGGGGGAUGGCUUCCGCCCCGCCUCUCCCCUCCCUCCGUGUGUGACGGACCGGCCGCGGCCCGCCCGCAGCUGCCCGGGGCGGGGCUGGGUGGGGCGCGGCGCCGCUUCAUCUAUCGCGACACAGCGCCCGCCUCCCACUCGGGUGCCAUUCCCGCCUCGGUGGCGGAACGUUUCCGUGGCCACCGCCUUUGAGCGGGGCUGGAGAGGGAGCCCCCAUUUCCUGGGAAGCAGAGCCGCGAGGAUCCCUGCUUCUCCUUCGGCGGACGCUCCGUCUGCACAAAGGCGGCGAAGAAGGCCGACGAUGGACCGCGACGGGCCGGACGCCAUUCAGCGGGAGGCAGAGGUGGAGCAUGGCCGCUACCUGAGCCGCCGGGCCGUGGCCCAGGAGCAGCUGGCGCAAAUACAGGAGCACAAGGAUCAAGCAGAUCUGGCUAAGCUGGAAAAGAGAAGAGAAGGGGAGCGAAUACAGCGAUCAAGCCAAUUGUACCAACUGGAAAUUCAGAGAGAUAAAGAAAAGGAUCAGGAGAAAAAAGUUGAACUCCAGAGGCAGCAUCAUGAGUAUGUAGCUGAAAAGAAAAUAUUUAAAGCUGAAGAUAAACAAGAAGAAGACAAAGAUGAUGAUCGGAUUAAGGCUUAUAUUAAAGGAAAAGAAAUGAUGGCGGAUCUGACAAGAGAAAAAAAUGCAGAGACUAACAGGAUGAUAGAGAAGCAUAAGGACAAAGCUUUUGAACAAUUAAAUGCUCAGAUGAAUGAGAAAUUUAAGAUUGAAGAUGAUCGUCUUGCUAGAGGAGCUGCAGAGGUAGAAGCUGAGUACCAAAUAAGAGAAAAAGAGAAAGGAAUGAAAAAAAAGGCUGCUCUUGAAUCCAUUGAAGAAAACAGAGUCACUGUGAUGAAUUUAAAAGAGGAAAAGAAGAGAGAGGAAAAAGAAGAGAGUGAGAAGGAUCGUAAUCAGUGGAUGACAGAAAAUGAUGUCUACUUGGGAAUGGAAAAAGCCAAGAAACAAAGAGAGCGUGAUGCAAGCAUGGAAAUACAGCAAUUUCAGCUCCAGCAAAUGGCUGAAAAGCAGGCAAGAAAAGAGCAGGAAAAGCAAGCAGACUUGGACUACAAUGCUCAGAGAGAGGCUGCUUUCCAUCAGGAUCAAGGAUUUCGGAGAUAAAGACAAAACACAUUUUACCACUACAGAAGCAUCUAUGAAGGAGUAAGAAGCUUGCCACUCACUCCUUCCAAGUUCUGUGUGCCUGCAAAACCAUUCAGUGCCCAAGAGCAGAAGCUAACUGUGGACCAAGUUACAAAACACUCUAUUUGCCUAUAACUCAAGCUCAACAACCUGCCUAUAACUCAAGCUCAAGAAACAAGUGCCAUAGCUUGCAGCUGUACUUGAACUAGUCUAGUUUUAUUAUGGAACAAACCAGUAGAUUCUUUUCAAAAAUUCAACAGGUAACAACCAAAGGUAAACUAUCAGUUCAUCUGUACUGUACUUGAAUAUUCCUGGGCCUCUAGGCUUAACUCAAACCUUCUGUUUUGACUUGAAAAAACAAAAAAAUCUUACUCAACAAAUAAAAUUGGAUACGUCUGUCUGUAACAAUAAAAUCCAUGUUGACUUUA